GACUCAAAUACAUCGGUUAUUCAGAGGAUUUUCUGCCUCACUUCAUGGGUUCUUUCUUGUGCUUUUCCUAGUGGCCAGAACCAUAGCUGCUUCUCUAAGAUAAAGAACAUCUGAUGCUAUUGAAUUGAUCUCCCAAAUCCUAAUUUGCAGGCGGAAGAGGAUCAGGGUCAAGUUUAUAGAUGGUGGAGACAAAAUAAUAAGUUCAUUCUUAUCUAUGUUCACUUCACAACUUUAAACUUUAAUUAUAACAAAUAGUAAAUUGAAGCUAUCAUGUAAAUCAUUGUGCUGUAUGACAUACAUUAGAUGUCUGGACUCUGCAGGCCACAAAAUACAGAAAAUAGUUCACAUCAAGAUGAACAUCCUACGCUCUUUUUGGAACAGUCCCACUGGCCUCAAAACAACUCAUUUUUGGGGUCCUGCCUUCAACUGGAGCCUUCCUUUUGCGGCAGCAAUGGACACAAAGAAACCACCGGAAACAAUAUCUGUCAAUAUGACCGGAGUGCAGUGAUGUGUGUUUAUUCGGCACUGUGCAUGAGGUUUGCUUGGAUGGUACGUCCAAGAAACCCACAUCUUCUUGUAUGCCAUGUCUCCAAUGAGACAGUGCAAUUGUAUCAACUCUCAAGAUGGUUCAGAGCUCAAAGGGGCCUUGAGCAGAACAAAAAGGAUGCAGAUGCAGAUGCAGAGUAAAACUUAUUUAUUUGAACAUUGAAGCUCAAAGAAAAUGUCUUCUAGCUUUAAAAACAAGUCUUUUAAUUAUGACUUGUCAUUUACUAUUGAUUGUUUUAAUUUGCUUUGCUAUUUCAGCACAUUAUAGCUUUUUAUAAUAAUGCUGUAUUGAAACAA